AGUGUGAAUGUAGCUGUUGUCAAAUUUAAAAAUUUUUAAAUAAAUGAAUUAAAUUUAAAUCGAAUAAAAUUUGAAAAAUGCGCAUUUAUAGAAUUUGAAAAUUGGUCAAAGAUGGCGGCCGUAGUCUUUUUCUGAUCUGAUCAUUUACAACGCAACAGAUUGUAAGAUGUCAAAAUAUUUAUAAAAUUGUAAAAUGAUAACAAACUUAACUUGUAAUUAUUAAAGUUUUAAUUUAAUUAAUUAUUUAAUUAAUGUAAUGAAGAUAAAAAUGGUUGACAUUGCGGGAAAUUUGAAUUUUGUUAGAGAAAAAAUAUCCUUAGCAUGUUCUCGACGUCCAUCAGAAUUUGGUAAUUCAAUACCACGUCUAGUUGCUGUCAGUAAAACAAAGCCGGCAAAUUUGGUAAUAGAUGCUUAUGACGCUGGUCAAAAACACUUUGGCGAAAAUUACGUAAAUGAAUUGAUUGAAAAAUCUGGUCAUCCUGAGAUUCUAAAACGUGACAUCCGCUGGCAUUUUAUUGGCCACUUACAGAGAAAUAAAAUAAACAAAGUAUUGGCAGUGCCAAAUCUUUGGAUUAUUGAAACAGUUGAUUCAAAUAAAUUAGCAUCGGCACUGGAUACUGCGUGGCCAAAAUAUAGAAAGAAUGAUGAUAAUAAACUUAAUAUUAUGGUACAAGUAAAUACAAGCAAAGAAGAAGAAAAAAGUGGAUGUGACAUUUCAGAAGCAUCAUCGUUAGUAAAACAUGUAAUUGAAAAUUGCAAAAAUUUAAAGUUCAUUGGAAUAAUGACGAUAGGUGCUUAUGGUUACGAUCCAUCAAAUGGUCCCAAUCCAGAUUUUAUUUCUUUGAGGAAGUGCCGCGAUGAUAUUUGUAAAGAAUUGAAUCUCGUUGGAGAUCAAGUUGAAUUAUCAAUGGGAAUGUCUACCGACUACGAGCAUGCCAUUGAACUUGGUAGUACAAAUGUUAGAGUUGGAAGCGCGAUAUUUGGAGAGCGGCCACCAAAAAACUCUUAACUAAAUUUAAAUAUACAAAUAUAACUUUUAAAUACCAA